AUGGCGACAAUGAACUUCUGGAAAGAUUUGUUAGAGUUACAGAUUUCUGAUCCCACUGAUUCUAUUACUACUGCUAGACUUAAAACUAGAUUAGAGUACCUUUAUACCUUGGAGGAACUCUACUGGAAAGAUAAGUCUAGAGAAGUAUGGCUCAUUGAAGGUGACAAAAACACACCUUAUUUUCAUAGAGUCACUCUUUUCAGGAGAAAGAGGAAUGCUAUCAGCUGGAUCAAGGAUUCCUCUAAUGCUAUCCUAACUGAUAGAGAUAAUAUUGGGAAUUCUUUCUUAGAUUAUUUCAAAAAUCUUUACUCUUCCCAACCCCAACAAUUCCAGGAUGAAAUUUUAAAUGAUCUACCUGUUAAAUUUUCUGCUGAGGAUAAUGAUACUCUAAGUCUCCCUUUCACUGCUGAGGAAAUAAAAAAUGUUGUUUUUCAAAUGGGAGGUAAAAAAGCCACAGGACUAGAUGGUUUUACAGGCUUAUUUUACCAAAAACAUUGGAAUAUUGUGGGUGAAGUUGUUGUUGAUAUGACCCACACCUGCUUCAGAACAAAGCAUAUAGUUAAAGUCUUCAAUCAUACCAACAUAGCUCUUAUUCCCAAAGUUCCUCUAGCUGAAUUAGUCAGUCAAUACAGACCCAUAGGAUUAUGUAAUUUCAUUUACAAAAUUCUUUUCAAAACUCUUGCUAACAGGCUUAAACCCUUUAUGGAUAACAUCAUAUCCCAAAACCAAAGUGCCUUCAUACCUAAGAGGAGUAUUUCUGAUAAUAUUCUCCUUGCUAGUGAAGCCAUAUAUUCUGUAAAUCAUAAUGACAAAGUUGAGGGCACUGCUGCCAUUAAACUUGAUAUGUCAAAAGCUUAUGAUAAAUUGGAAUGGUCCUUUCUAGAAAAAGUUUUGAGAAGAAUGGGGCUAGCUGAAAAUUGGAUUAAACUCAUAAAUCAGUGUGUUUCUACUGUCUCCUAUUCUGUUCUUUUAAAUGGUAGUCCUACUGGUUUCUUUCAACCUGAGAGAGGUCUAAGGCAAGGGGAUCCUUUAUCCCCUUACCUAUACAUCAUCUGUGCCGAGGCUCUAUCUUCUUACAUAGAUAGCCUCCAAAGAAAUGGAACUCUUAAGGGUAUCAAAAUCUGUAAAAUUUCUCCACAAAUGACUCAUCUACUGUUUGCUGAUGAUUGUCUUCUUUUCUCUUCUGCUACUACUGAAAAUUUGACUGUUAUAAAAGGUUAUCUUCAAAAGUACUGCCUUGCCUCUGGGCAGGAAAUUAAUUUUGAUAAAUCUGGUAUUCUUUUUAGUAGGAAAAUCCCUGAACAUAGGAAAGCCCUUUUGGGUGAGAAGUACCUUGGUACUCCUACUAUUUUCAAAGCUUCUAAAAUCCAAACUCAUAUGGGAAUCCUUCAAGCUAAGCUAUCCCCUUGUACCAGAUGGGGGCUUUUCUCAUCCCAAAGCACCUCUGCAGACAGAUGGAUGCCCAUCUCUGCAAAUUCUGGUGGUUUGGGCUUCAGAAAAGCUGAGCUAAAUAAUCUUGCCAUGUUAGCUAGGAAUGCUUGGAAAAUUGAAAACCAUGAUUGCAUGUUGGCUAAGAUUUUAAAAGUUAGAUAUUUUCCUAGGACUGAUUUUCUGAAUGCCAAAUGUCCUGAUAAAUGCUCUUGGACCUGGAAAUGCCUUCAUGCUAUAAAGGAGUUGAUUAAACCCUUUGUUUCCUGGAUUGUUGGGGAUGGAAAGUUUAUCGACCCCUGGUGUGAUAAAUGGAUUCCAAAUUUGGGUUCUGCUACUCCCAACCCUCUCACCCCUCAGGACCCUAUCAUAAAAGUUGAUCACUUCAUUGAUAAACAUACUAGAACAUGGAAUGUUUCUAGACUCUGUACCCACUUUGAUGAUGCUUCUAUUAGAGUUCCUCACAGAGUUCAACUCUUCCUUUGGAAAGCUGCUAAAAAUACUCUUCCAGCUAGAACUGUCCUUCAUACCAGAAUGCCCAUGCAUUCUGUUGAAUGUGCCAGAUGCAAGGAUCCUCAUGAAAACAUUAUGCAUACUUUGGUUCUGUGUCCUUUUGCUUCUAAGCAGUGGCUUACUUUAUGGCUUCUGGAGCAAAACUCUAGAUUGCCUGAUGAUGCUCAACAACUCUUUGUUGCUAUCCUGUGGUGCCUCUGGACCAGUAGAAAUAACUUGGUCUUUCAAAAUGUGUCUGAAAAUCAUAAGUCUGCCAUAGAAAGAGCUAGGGCAAUGCUCCUUACUAGGAAAAAUACUUUUGUUGCUACCCUUUCAAAUCCCAUAGCUCUAAAUCAGAAAAGGAUGUCCCCUUUGGUUGGUUGGAUCAAAUGUAACACUGAUGGAGCUUUUGAUGACAUCUCUGGAGAUAAUGGUGUAGGAUAUGUGAUGAGAAAUUCUACUAGCAAAGCCUCUUUAUGUGCUGCCAUGGUUUUUGAAGUUUCGUCUGCAGAAGAAGCUAAAGCCAGAGCCAUCUGGGGAGUUCUCAAGAAAGCAGUGGAACAGAAGAUGACCCAUAUCAUCAUUGAAAGUGAUGCUAAGAAGCUGGUGGAAAUUAUCUUUGGUUUUCAACCUAGAAUCUGUAAUACCGUUGCUCAUGUGUUAGCUCAAUGGGCUAAACGUAAGAAAACUUCUAUGUACUGGUCUAUGCUUCCUGCUUGGCUAGCUCCAGCAGUUGAGGGAGACUAUUAG